AUUGCCUGUGACAGGGUUCACUGAGAGCGAGGGCUGGAGGUCAAAAAUGAUAUUUGAGCUGCAAUGUCUGGAUCAGGAAAGUAUUUGUGGUAGAAGACCGACAGAUGGAAGGACCAGGAGUGAGGGUGUGCUCAGGAGGAAUUGUCUGUGGCCUGGGAACAGCCAGGAAAAUGUGAGGAAAAGGAUGUUGAAGUUUAAUUCCUGUGAUCAAAAUCUGAACUGGUGCUGUGAAAUAUUAGAACUGAGCUCUGAGAUUCAAAGGCAGCUCUUCGCAAUCCUCAAUGAAACAUCUCAAGAAGGUGGGCAAUAUGCAGGUGUGGAAACUAUCAAAACUCGUCUCCUGCCACGACUAACACCUUGUUUUAGCUGCUCAUCAGGAAGGAUCUUUGAAACCACUCUCACUCAGGAUUUAAUUGAGAAAGAGAGGCAGCUGAGAGAGCUGGCCAGCAAUCAGAGUUUUCAACUGCAAGAGCUGCAGGAAGAACUGACUUCAACUCGUCUAAAGCUCAACCAAGUGCAACAAGAUCUGAAGGUUUCCCGUGCCCAAGAGAAGGAUGCCCAGAAGAAGUUAGAUUGUCUGAACGACUAUGAGCAUCAGAUUCAAAUGCUGAAGGAUAAGAUUUCUAUCCUGGAUGCCGAGAGGUCUCUUCUCCAAAGCAGGCUUGCACGGAGGCGCUCUCCUUCCCCAAGGCACAGAGAGAACAAGUCACUCAGUCCACUUCCCCUGAGGCGCCGCUCACCUGGCCGAGCCAGGCGCACAAACGCUUCCCGGCGUGCUUGCUUGAUAACUCGCUUUGGUGACAUUUAUGAUCAUAGACGCUUGGAUGCAGAGACCUUUUUAAAGGCAUACAUCAGUGACGUGGAGAUGGUACACAGGAUAAUAUACAUUGCAGCUGUGGAGUCUUUUCAUGCAGCAAAGAUGGCCUACAGGCAGUUCAAACUACGUGUAACAGACACUCUGUCUCUCGGUCACACGGGACCUGAAUCACUUGAAGAUACUGUCCUGGAUUAUAUAGUUGACCAUGAGGAUCUGUAUGAUGUUCAAGCCAGUGUCAAUGAAGUAAUUCGCUCCAUGAACAUCAACCCAAAGAUUUCAUUUCCAUCAGAAACUGAUUUCAUUGUGAUCAGCACUUUGAUUCGAGAGUUGUGCCGUGUGGCUUUUUCAAUGCAGACACUUGUUCCUCCUCUUGAUAUUGCCUUUGGGAUUGAUGGAGAACUUUUCAGUGAGACCAAGUACCAUCGUAGUUUUGACUCUGAUUUCACAGCUGCCUUGGUGGCCUAUCAUGUAUGGCCUGCACUGAUGGAAAACGAUAUUGUUAUUGUGAAGGGAGAAGCAGUCACUAAGAGAGGAGCUCUGUGGUCUUGCAGAAGUAGAAGCAGAAACACAAACAGAAGCCGAAGCUGCAGCAGAAGCCGUAGCACCAGUCCUCUUCUAGCUCAUCACUUGUCUCGAAGCCGCAGUCCUUCACCCCUGAGGAAUAGAAGCCUGAGUAAGUGGGCAUAGUAGUUCAUAAUGACUCAUGGUUUUCACAUUAAGCCCUUGAAUGACUGAGUAAGAAGACAACACGCUGAAGGUCUUUGAUGCUAAAAUACUAGUCCAAAUACUUACUUUUAAAUUUGGUAGCCCCUUUCUUCCCUGUGUGUGGAAAAAGACUGCAAUUUGUGACCUAAAGGAGAGCUGUUUUUUCACUCUACUCAGACCACUGGCAUGAGUUCUCUCUUCUGGUUGCAUUUAUUGUGGCUGGUUCUAUAGUAAGUAAAACUUGCUCUCUUCCCUACACAACAGACAGUUAGAUAUGUACCUGCUGGCUCUGUGCCUUUCAAAAUCCAGAGAGGUAGCUAAGAGGUAAUACUGAAGUGAGGGAUGUCAAACAGUAUUGAAUGUGUGCCCAUCUAGAAGCCAAGACAAUUUAGAGGUUUAAUAAAA